AUGGGAUCCGGGAGCGGAAGCGGGAGCGGGUCUUCGGCGGCGGCGGCGGCGGCGGCGCUGCCGGGCGAGGGCGACGAAGGCGGGGUGCUGCCUCUGCCGCUACUGCUGGCGCUGGUGCUGGUGCUGCCGGCGGCCGCCGCGUGGUUGGCCGAGUGGCGCCGGCGGCGCAGGCGCUUCGUGCGGCUGGGCGACCGCCUGCCCGGACCCAGAGGCCUGCCGCUGCUCGGCAACGCCCUCAGCUUCCUCGGCGCCAACGAGGAUGUGUUCCAGACCGUGUAUCGAAUGUGCUUCGAAGAUUCAGCAGUUGUGAGGCUGUGGAUUGGACCUCGCCUUCUCGUCUUCCUCGUGGAUCCCCGAGAUGUGGAGCUGGUACUUGGCAGCAACGAGCAUCUGGACAAAUCAGCUGAAUACCGCUUCUUCGAGCCGUGGCUCGGAGACGGGCUCCUCAUCAGCUCAGGGAGCAAGUGGCGCGCGCACCGCCGCCUCAUCGCACCCGCCUUCCACCAGCACGUGCUCAAGGGCUUCGUGCCGCUCUUCAACGCGCACGGCCGCGCGCUGGUGGAGCGCCUGCGCGCGCAAGCGGCGGUCGGCGGCGGCCGGCCCUUCGACGUGCACGCCCCGCUCGGCGCCGCCACCGUCGACAUCCUCCUAGAAACGGCAAUGGGCGUUACUAAAGAGACAGAUGGUGUAAAUGGCUGCGAAUAUGCUGCUGCUGUCAUCAAAUUGUGCGACAUUCUGCACAUGCGCCACACUCGCCUUUGGCUGCGCCCCGACUGGCUGUUCCGCCUCACGUCGCUGGGCCGGGAGCAGGCGCGCCUGCUGCGCGUCGUGCACGGGCUGACGGAGCAGGUAAUUCGCCGGAAGAAAGAAGAAAUGCAACUUGCGAACUGGCGAGAAUUUCUACCUGAGCAAGUGGCUAGAGUGGAAUACAUUGGCUGGCAGCAAAACCACGCUGAACAGGUUCAAACACCUAAGGACGACUUGGAUGAACAAGAUGAGAAUGAUGUGGGUGAAAAGAGAAGAUUGGCAUUUUUAGACAUGCUUCUGGAGAGUACUGAUGAUGGGCAAGCUCUAACAGAUGAUGAAAUCAAAGAAGAAGUUGACACGAUCAUGUUUGAGGGGCACGAUACUACCGCAGCUGCUAGCAGCUUUUUCCUCUCUCUCAUGGGCAUUCACCAAGACAUGCAAAGACGAGGAGGACGGGAAGGCCAAAGCUCUGACAGAGCCUCUUGCGGCCAGGAGCGCGCGGUGCAGGAGCUGCGGUCGAUCUUCGGCUGCUCGUCGCGGCCAGCGACCUUCGACGACGUGCAGCAGAUGAAGUUCCUGGAGCGCUGCAUCCUGGAAACGCUGCGCAUGUAUCCCCCUGUGCCAGUGGUCGCGCGCGAGCUCAAGCGCGACUUGCAACUAGCGUCGAGCGACCUCGUGGUUCCCGCGGGCUGCACCGUGGUGGUGGGCACGUACCGCGUGCACCGCCGCGAGGACCUGUACCCGCACGCCGACGCCUUCGACCCCGACCGCUUCCUGGCCGACGCCGAGGCGGCGCAGCGCCGCCACUACUACUCCUUCCUGGCGUUCAGCGCGGGCCCUCGCAGCUGCGUCGGGCGAAAAUAUGCGAUGCUGAAACUGAAGAUAUUAUUAUCAACUAUUUUGAGGAAUUUCAAAAUAUAUUCUGAUAUCGAAGAAAAAGAUUUCAGAUUGACAGGAGACAUAAUUUUAAAACGAGCUGAAGGAUUCCAGAUCAGGCUUGAACAACGUCAGGAAAAAAAUCUAACACCUGCUGCAUAAAUUCUUGUAAUAAAGUUAUUUUAUCCAUAAAAUGUUUGUGGAUAAGAAAUGAGACAGAGAAAUGAUUAACAGUUGUGUUGGAUAUGAAAUCCCUCAAUGUUAUCUCACAACAACGUUUUCAUAUAUAGUGUGCGUUU